GCGCACUAACUCCCCUCCGCUCGCUCUGAAUGGCUGCGGUAGAGAAUGUCGCUGUUCCAGACGCUAAGAAGUGGCUCCACAGCUCGUUCUACAAGGAGGCCCUGGACAACGUGGUGUCCUACAAUGCUCAGGCGAUGAAGGAGCGGAGGGGCAGACUGCCCUACGUGGAUGCCCAGACGGGAAUAGCCCAGGCCGACAACUACAAUUGGAAGAAGCGCUCUGAUCGCCAGAGGGGAAUCCUACCAGGUGACGUGUUGUGGUGCGCGUUUAUUAGAGGUGAAAAGCCCAACAGCUCAGCCUCAUUGUCUGUGGAGAUUGUAAGUAAAGGCUUACACGCUGUCCACACUGAUGCAUAGUUUGAGCGUAAACUGAGGUGUGAAUGUAUGGGUACAGAAGUAUUUAAAAUGCCAAAAAUGUCUACAAUUAUACAUAGACCCCACGGUGUACAUAAUUAUGUGCCCACAGGUCAGGUGUUCUCCUAUGUCCCCAACCGAUGGAGACUGGAGCCCAAGGGAAAGACGGAGGUGAGUCAGGCCAAGGAGACCAAGACGACCGACGGGAAGGCAGUGGGGGUGCCCCCCUCAUCAUCGGGGCUAAUCCAGACCCUGGAGGGAGGUGUGCUCACCAAGAGGAGCUCUCGCAUCGCCAGCAGGAAGGAAGGGGGCGAAGGUGGUUCGGUGGUGGGUGUGGUCAUGCCGGUGGGGUCAAAGGUGGUCCUGGAGUCGCCAGGUAGCAGUGAGCAUAACGAGGAGGAGGAGUCGCCAGAAUUGGACAUGGACUACCUGGAGGACUACGACAGUGACGAAGAGAAACGCCCUCACCGCAAGAAGAAGAGACCCAGCUCAGGGAGAUCGAGGCAGCCUCCGGCCUCCACUCGCAGUUCUCGGGCCAGCGACCACGACAAGCCUUUCCUCUGCAAAUUGUGCAAACGUCGCUACAAGACGGUGGCUUCUCUGAAGGCACACACGACUCAGUACCACGGGAGAGACAUCUCAGCCUCUUCGUCCCCCGCCCCCCAGCCAAUCAUCUCUGUCACUGCGCCAGCUGCCACCCCUCCCUCGUUAUCCUCCUCCACCUCGGCCGCUGCUGCCGUCCCCCCCAUUCCGGACGAGAAGGUGCCCAUCUUUCUGGCUCCUCCCCCCAGUCUCCAGGGAAAACCGUUGGCAAAGCCAAACCCAAUCUGUGACUUUUGUCUCGGAGACAACAACCUCAACAAGAAGACUGGGCGAACGGAGAAACUGGUGUCGUGUUCUGACUGUGGUCGCUCAGGUCACCCGACAUGCAUGCAGUUCUCGGCCAGUCUGUCACUAGUAGUGAGGACCUACCGCUGGCAGUGCAUCGAGUGCAAGACCUGCCACCUCUGUGGAACGUCUGAGAAUGAUAAUGUCGCCCGGGAGAUGUCCAGGAUGCAUGUUACUCUGUGCUGUGAAGGCAGUGUCCCCUCUGCCUCGAGACCCAUGAAUACAGGAUCAGCUGCUGUUCUGUGACGACUGUGACCGAGGCUACCACAUGUACUGCCUCAAGCCACCCAUCAAAGAACCUCCUGAAGGAAAUUGGAGCUGUGGGAUGUGUUUGAAGCCCAUGUCAGCUCUCAAGUCCACUGACAUCAUUCCCAACCUACAGAACUGAGACCAACUAUCAUUUCCAACCUACAGAAACUUACAUUAUUGUCAGCUAAUCAUGUGACUCUUGAAUCAAUCUUCUUUUUUAGUGAC